UGUAGUUGGCAUAUAUUAAUGAAGUUUUCUGAGAAAAUUGAUGUUGUGAAGUAUAGUAUUUAUAAAAAUGAGUUCUCGGCUUGCAUUUGGAAAUCAGAGACUCCUGAAGAAUUUGAUUUACAAUGGGAAAGUUUGAUUAAAAAAAGUGGGUUAGAAGGAAACAAGUGGUUGCAAGAUCAAUAUGAACUUCGGUCAAGAUGGAUUCCUGCAUAUGUUAAUCACAUUUUCUCAGCAGACAUGUCAAGUAGCCAACGAGCAGAAAGUGGACAUGCAUUUUUUAAGAAAUUUGUUUCGAAGAAUAAUUCAUUGGUGGAUUUUAUGAUACAGUUUGGCAGGAGACUAGUGCGUCAACGUCACGAGGAGUUGAUGGCCGAUCACAAAGACGUGAUUGAGAAACCUAAACUUAGAAUAAAUCAUGACUUUUUGGAGCAAAUGGUUGAUAUUUACACUAAUGAGAUGUAUUACAAGUUUGAGGCUGAAGUGUGUGACAGUUUUAACUACAAGUUGCAGUUUGUUAGGGAAACCGACAAUCGCCGUGUGUAUCAAAUUCAAAGAAAGAAGCUUGCAACAAGCAAAGUCCGCGAAAUCGUUUACGACAAGCAGUUGGAUUUGGUUUCUUGUAGUUGUAAAAAGUUUGAAAGCGCCAGAAUCGUAUGUACUCACAUUAUCUCUUAUUUGAUGAAAUUUGAUGCUGAAAUAUUGCCUGAUAAAUACAUCUUAUUGAGGUGGACUAAGUCUGCAAAAUCAGGGACAGUUCAUGAUGAUAAAGGCAUGCAGAUAACCCCUGAUAAUCCUUAUCUUUUAACGCGGAGUCAAUUUAUCCAAUCAUCUUUGGAUUUAGUUGACAAGUCCCUCGUAUGUGAAGAAACAAGGGAGAUGUUUACCGAUGGAUUGCGUAGCAUUAAUGAGCAAAUUGAUCAAUUUCUUAGUAGCCACAUGGCUGUAAUGAGCUUCACUAAGAAAAGUAAUCCAAUAUGUAGUAAGAUAAUUACUGAUGGUACUAGUGCUCAUGGUCCUUGUAGUUAUGAAAAUAGUUUCAAUGAACCCGAUCAAGUGCGAGCAAAAGGGUGCGGCAAAAGGUUGAAAGGAGGAAAAGAGAAAGCAAUGAUUAGAGCCAAAAAUAAAAAAGAUAGACGUUGUCACGGGUGUGGUAAAGUAGGCCAAUCACAUGAUAAGCGAAAUUGUCCGGCACUCACAAAUCCGUUUUCUACGUGCGGUGAUACAAAUUUGCAAGAGGAUAAUGAGUCAUCAAGUGAAGAUGUGGAUCUUUUUGAAGAUUAAGAGGGCGCUUUUGAAUUAGGAGCUUGAAUCAGGAGCUUGAAUCAGGCCCACAUUUAACUACCUAGUUGUUUAUGUUGGAUUGCAAU